AUGAGUGUUAAUCCUAGAGCUAAUCAUGAAAUGAUUGAUGGAACCCCCUCUACCCUGACAUUUGUAUCAAAUUUAGCCACCCCCAGUACCCAAUCCUCCGAAAGAACAUCCCACGAUGUUCCUACAACUUUAUUCACAAUACAUUCAACACCCUUACAAGUUACUUCCCCAGCUACAGCCGGUCAUGUGUGCAACAACCAAAUUCGACCCUUACAGUACUCCAGUCCCGCUGGAAUAGAAUUUGUACCACCUUAUUCUCAAUGUACUCAGGGCAACACCUAUUAUGAACUAAUAGACCUGCAACGGAAACAAACUGAGCUAUCACAAACAAUUGCUUCUCAGCAAGCAAGGAGCCUGCUACCUGCCCACAAACCACCCAUGUUUGCUGGAGAUGCCCUAGAGUUUCCCACAUUUUGGACUGCCUUUGAGUCUCUGAUAAAAUCAAAGGUGAAGGAUCCCAUAGAAAGGCUUUACUUUCUUGGCCAAUACACGGUAGGAAAGGCCAAGGAUGUAAUCAAAGGGUGUUUGCAAAGGAAAACUGACGAUGCGUAUGGCGAAGCAAAGCGUCUACUACAACGCCAAUUCGGCGAUCCAUUCAAAAUAGCCAACGCACAUGUGACAAAGUUAUCAUCUUGGCCGCAGAUUAAACCUAAUGAAGGCAGCGCUCUCCGGGAUUUUGCUAUUGCCCUAGAGCAGGCAGGUUCAGCUAUGAAGGGCAUGUGCCAUAUGCAAGAUCUUAACACUGCACACGUUUUACGAAAGUUGUGGGAGAAACUACCGCGUCACUUACGCAGUAAGUGGACUGAAAGGAACAACAAGACAAAGGUCACUAAAGGAAGAAUGGCAAAUUUCGAGGAGUUUAGUCAAUUCGUAUGUGAACAAGCCGAAUUCGCUAAUGAUCCUGUUUUCUCCGAAGAAGGUGUAAGUAUCAAAUCAGCCGAAGAUAAGAAUAGCUACAAUGGGAAACCUAGACUGACCAGGAGAGUACGGGGAUUUGGAACGAUGAUGGAGAAGGCUGUCACAACAUGCCCACUAUGUAAAAGGACUCACAAUUUGAAUGACUGUGAGCUGUUCUUGAAGAAACCGUUGAAAGAUCGACGGGACUUUGUGAAAGAAAACAAAUUGUGCUACGGUUGUUUUGGUGAUCAACAUGUUGCUAGAAAUUGUAAGAAAAGACAAUCUUGUAAGAAAUGCAGCAAGAAUCAUCCAACAUCGAUGCAUGACGAUAACUGGGUGAACAAGGCGAAGAUCGAUGGCAAGAAGGACGACGAUCAAUCUCCUGGAGAUCCGCAAGUUUCCACCAAUCGAACUGCCAUUUGUAAUGUAACAGAAGCAGGAGAUAUACCUGUCAGCAUGGGAAUUAUACCUGUAUGGGUGUCUCGUAAAGGAGACCCGACUAACAAAGAGAAAGUCUAUGCCCUGCUAGACAACGCCAGUGGCGGAACAUUCAUAAGACAAGACUUGGCGCGAAGGCUCAAUAUUGAAGGAAGUUCAACAAAUCUUAUUCUAACGACCAUGCAUGGAUCCGAAAACGUUCGUACCGAAGCUGUUGAUGGGUUGGUCGUAACUAAUUUCACAAAUGAAGAUACUAGUGUGGAGCUACCUAGGACCUAUACGAGACAAGUAAUCCCGGCAGACCGCAGUGAAAUACCACAGCCACAGUCAAUAAGUAAGUUUCCCCAUUUGGCCGAACUAAGUAAGAAGAUGCCGCCCCUUAUGGAAGAUGUGGACGUCGGACUCUUGAUUGGCUUGAAUUGUCCCAGCGUGUUACGGCCACGAGAAAUCAUCUACGGACAAGAGGAGGAACCAUACGCAAUUCGUUCACUACUCGGAUGGUACAUCAACGGCCCAAUUUGCUCAUCAGAGAACCAAGGUCUUCAUUGCAACAAUGUUCGGCUCAAAGAAAUUGCACCAACAACUGCGAAAGGAUAUGUUGUAUCACAGAGAAUGGCCAAAGAACAGAUCACACCACAGGCAGUCAAGCAGAUGUUUGAAUUGGACUUCUCUGAAACAGAAAGAGGGACAGCUAUGUCACGCGAAGAUAGACUGUUCUACCAUGUAGUGGAAAACGGAAUUGUUCACUUGGAAGACCAGCACUAUGAAAUGUCCCUGCCACUCAAAGAUCAGAAUAUCAAAUUGCCGAACAACUAUGUGCAAGCCGAAAAACGCCUGAAUAGUCUGAAGAAGCGCCUGCAGUCUGAUGAACGGUACCACAAGGACUACUGUGAUUUCAUGUCAGAGAUAAUCUCGAAGGGAUAUGCUCGCAAGGUGAAUAACAACCUCGAAUCUGCAAACGGAAGGACAUGGUAUCUGCCACAUCAUGGGGUUUAUCAUACUCAAAAACCAGAUAAGGUGCGCGUGGUCUUCGAUUGUUCGGCCAGAUAUGACGGACAGUCCUUGAAUGACAACCUUUUACAAGGGCCCGACCUGACUAGUAAUUUAAUUGGCGUUUUGACGAGGUUUCGUCAGGAGAAAUUUGCGUUCAUGGCAGACAUUGAGAAAAUGUUCUUUCAAGUUAGAGUAAGAAAGGAAGACCAGAAUCUCCUCAGAUUCCUGUGGUGGCCUGAUGGAAACAUGGAAAGCAAACCAGAAGAAUACUGUAUGACGGUGCAUUUGUUUGGAGCUGGGUCAUCACCUGCUUGUGCAAAUUACGCCCUCCGACGUACUGCUGAUGACAACGAAGCCGAGUAUGGCGUCACGGUAGCAGACACUCUCAGAAAGAAUUUCUAUGUCGACGAUGUCCUAAAGUCAACCCCAACGGAAGAUGCAGCUGUUGACCUUUCAACGAAGGUAAAGGAAGUAUGUGCCAAGGGCGGUUUCAAACUGACUAAAUUCGUUGGCAACACAGAACGCAUUAUCAAAUCAAUCCCUAAAGAGUACCAGGCCGAGAACGUCAAGAAUCUAUCAUUGGGCCAAGAUAAGCUUCCGAUAGAAAGAGCGUUAGGAAUACACUGGUGCGUAGAGUCUGACGUCUUCAAAUUCAGGAUCCUGCUGAAGGACAACCCAUGUACUCGCAGAGGGAUUCUCUCUACUAUAAGCUCCAUUUACGACCCUUUGGGAUUCAUUGCGCCAGUCGUGCUCGUUGGUAAGAAGAUACUACAAGACAUCUGCCAAGCAAAUAGUUGGGACGAACCAGUUGACGACGCCACAAAGAGUAAAUGGGAGAAAUGGCGUAGUGAACUUUAUCUGCUCGAAAGGUUAGAUAUACCUAGAAGUUUCAAGCCGAAGGAUCUGGGGAAGGUCACAUCUGUUCAACUCCAUAGUAUGUCCGAUGCUUCAACAACUGGAUAUGGACAAUGCUCCUAUUUAAGAUUGAACGAUGAGAACGGCAAGGUGCACACUUCCUUCGUCAUGGGUAAAGCUCGAGUGACGCCAAGAAAAUCUGUAAGCAUACCAAGAUUGGAGCUUGCUGCUGCUGCAACAUCCGUAAAGGUUGCCAAUACAAUCAAGAAAGAGUUAGAGUACGAGAAGAUCGAGGAUCAUUACUGGACAGACAGCAAGGUUGUUCUCGGAUUCAUCGGUAACGAGUCUAGGAGAUUCCAUACCUAUGUGGCAAAUCGAGUCCAAAUAAUUCAUGAUCAUUCAGAUCCUUCACAAUGGCACUAUGUGAAAACAUCGUCAAAUCCAGCAGAUGAAGCCUCGAGAGGAAUGUCAGCGAAAGAGUUUGUCGAGAAGUCAAAGUGGAUCGAAGGUCCAGAAUUCCUGCGCGAGCCUGAAGAAAGGUGGUCAAACGUUGAAGAAUCGGGUGAUAUUCUUGAUCGAACUCUACCGGAAGUAAAGAACAUGAGAGUAAAUUCACAGGAAGUAAAGAAAGGAAACUGUGGCAUUCUCGACAGAUUAGAAAGAUUCUCCAGCUGGCAUAAAGUAAGGGGUGCGGUUGCCUAUUGUUUGAAGUACAAGAAGAUCCUCAAGGACAGGGUGAAUUGCAAGAAAUCAUCCCAAGGAGACGAGUCAUACAAGAAGAAAAGCACCGACAAUAGCAACACCAACGUCGCGGUAGACCUUUGUGUAGAGGAUCUAGAAGAAGCUGAAAGAGAAAUCAUUAAACAGAUUCAGAACGUUGCAUUUCCUACUGAGUUGGAGACCCUUCGAGGACUUCAAGGCAAACCGAACUACGGUACACGAGAAUCGGACAAGAAUAAAAAGGGAGUAUUGAGGAGAACGAGUUCUCUUUACACCUUGGACCCGUUCGUAGACGAGCAGGGAGUUCUCAGAGUUGGAGGGAGAAUAAGGAGAGCAAGUUUUUCAGAAUCUCUCAAGAAUCCAGUCAUCUUACCAAAGUCAAGCCACAUUAUAUUACGUCACUUAUAA